AUGGGUGUCUGUAAUUCUACUUGUUGUGGAGGCAAAUCCCGCGAUGGGCUAUACGAAAAUGUCCUCGCCGACAACGAAAGGGAGGCCGUAGCCGACCUUCUUCAAUACCUUGAAAACCGUGGAGAGACCGAUUUCUUCUCCGGUGAACCUCUUCGAGCUCUGAGCACUCUCGUCUUCUCAGACAACAUCGACCUGCAACGAAGCGCGAGUUUGACAUUCGCCGAGAUCACAGAACGAGACGUACGAGCCGUCGACCGCGACACCCUCGGGCCUAUUCUCUUCCUUCUGGAGAACUCGGACAUCGAGGUACAACGAGCGGCUAGUGCCGCGCUGGGAAAUCUUGCCGUCAACACGGAUAACAAGGUUCUGAUUGUUCAGCUUGGUGGUCUCCAACCCCUUAUCCGGCAAAUGAUGUCGCCAAACGUCGAGGUUCAGUGCAACGCCGUCGGGUGUAUCACCAAUUUGGCUACCCAUGAGGAUAACAAGGCCAAGAUCGCACGGUCUGGUGCCCUUGGUCCAUUGACACGCCUCGCCAAAUCGAAGGAUAUGAGGGUACAGAGGAAUGCCACCGGGGCUUUGCUCAAUAUGACACAUUCCGACGAAAACCGGCAACAACUAGUGAAUGCUGGUGCCAUCCCCGUCCUCGUCCAGCUUCUUUCCUCGGCCGACGUGGACGUCCAAUAUUAUUGCACGACAGCCUUGAGCAAUAUUGCUGUCGAUGCUGCCAACAGGCGGAAGUUGGCGCAGUCCGAGACCAGGCUUGUGCAGUCCUUGGUGCACUUGAUGGAUUCAUCAUCGCCAAAGGUACAAUGCCAAGCCGCCCUGGCACUUCGAAAUCUCGCCUCAGACGAAAAGUACCAGCUCGAAAUCGUCCGCACCAACGGUCUUGGGGCUCUCCUCCGUCUACUUCAAUCUUCUUACCUGCCUUUAAUCUUGUCCGCAGUCGCAUGCAUACGCAAUAUCUCCAUCCAUCCUUCAAACGAGUCGCCAAUUAUCGAAGCCGGAUUUCUCAAGCCACUGGUUGACCUCCUCGGUUCUACUGAUAACGAGGAGAUCCAGUGCCAUGCGAUCUCAACGCUUCGAAAUCUUGCCGCAAGCUCUGACCGUAACAAGUCGCUCGUGCUCGAGGCGGGCGCCGUACAGAAGUGCAAGCAGCUUGUACUCGAGGUUCCUGUAACGGUUCAAUCCGAGAUGACGGCUGCUAUUGCUGUUCUCGCCCUGAGUGACGAGCUCAAGACACAUCUACUGGAGCUUGGCGUCUUUGAGGUUUUGAUUCCACUCACGAAGUCACCCAGCAUUGAGGUCCAAGGAAACAGUGCUGCCGCCCUGGGCAACCUGUCAUCCAAAGUGGGCGAUUAUUCGAUAUUCAUCCAGAGCUGGACAGAUCCUUGCGACGGCAUUCACGGCUACCUCAGCAGGUUUCUCGCCAGCGGAGAUGCCACCUUUCAGCACAUCGCGAUCUGGACGCUGCUUCAGCUUGUUGAAUCCGAGGAUAAGAAGCUUAUUGGGCUCAUUGGCAAGUCCACGGAUAUCAUGGAAAUGAUGAAGCAGAUUGCCAACCGACAGGUCGAGUCGGACAACGAGCUCGAAGACGACGAUGAAGGCGAGGUUGUCAGUCUCGCUCAGCGCUGCUUGGAGUUGUUGGGUCAGGGUGCGUCGAAGAGUCAUAUUGAGGGUUGA